GAUGCCUGUGGAUGUUUUGUCCAAAAGGAUUGCAGACAAAUACAGGUUUAUACUCAACAUGCUUAUAUGAGACCUCUUGGAAUUGUUGCUAUGGUUUUGGGCAUUGAUGAAGACAAGGGACCCCAACUCUACAAGUGCGAUCCAGCUGGCCAUUUUUAUGGUCACAAGGCAACCAGUGCUGGAUUGAAAGAACAAGAGGCAAUUAAUUUCUUGGAAAAGAAAAUGAAGAAUGACCCUGCUUUUACUUACGAGGAAACAGUUCAGGUUGGAUUAGUGAAAGCUGAUUAUCCAGUUUUCAGAGCAUUGUCAACUGAAGAAAUCGAUGAACAUUUGACUGCUAUUAGUGAGCGCUAUUAGUGAAGAUUGGGAGAAGGUUCUCGAAAUGCGGGGUACUCGUAACAUUUGGAUGUAAAAGAACUCUGGCUGUGUGGCUACAUGGAACUUUUGGAUCUUAAAGAACUCGGCCCGUGUCAUGGCCCAUAAUAGACGGGUACUCAUAAAACCCAGGUAGGGACUGCAUCGCACCGGUAAGCAAUUGUUCGAGGCGAUUACUCCUUACAGUAAGAAGAGCUUGCUGUUUCCAUAAAAGGAGGUUCAUCUCGUCAAGAACCACUUUUACCUUCUUAUUGGUAAACAUCCUGACACUGUUGGAAGAAGCCACGAACGAAGCACCACACAAAAGAGCAAACGCAGCAGCCGGAGCACACCCCUCAGAAUGCAGCCAAGCAAGCUCCAAGAUAUUUGGCGAUCUUAAGAAACUCACAACAAGUAUAACAAAAGUAUAUUCUCAUUCUCUUAUUUUCAACAAUACAAUGACAAACUUAUAUAGGUAAAACUAUAACUGACUACUGGCCUAGCUGGUAUAAUUGUCUCCUAGCUGGCAAGCUUAACAGAUUUGAUAAUAGCUCUAACAAACUUCACAAGC